CGUGCUCCAUUUGCCCAUCGUGCUUGGUCAUUCACGGACGUCCGUUGUUUCCAAAAGAGAAGCUCUAUCUCGCCGUUCAGUGCUCUAGUCGAAGGAAAAUGAAGAUCCUGCUGGUUAUCGUCGCCAUGGUCGCGGUUGGCGCCCAAGCUGGUUGGUCAAGAGGUCAGUACGGUCAGUAUGGACAGAGGAGCUACCAACAACCUUCCUACCAUCCACCUUCCUACAAGCAACCAUCCUACCAUCAGCCGACCCAUUACUGCAGCCAUCAGUACUUCCAGUGCCCACCCCUGAAUAAGGUGUACCGCGUGGACGGCUACGGCAAGCACACUCAGGUCUACGCUCCCAACCGUUUCUACUACGAGCACAGCGACCCACGCUGCUACAUCCAGUGUGACGAAGCUGGUAACGCCUUCUCCAGACCUUGUCCUUACGGCCAGGUGUACAAUAGAUACUUGACUGACUACAACAAUGUUAAUGUCUGCGUGUCAGACGGCAGCAAUAGACACUAAGUCGACCUUCAGCACCUAAUAAGGGACACUGCACGGGAAGACAACGAGACAAUGAGCAUACCCACGAUGCGUGCUAUCACCUCAUUGGUUGAUUUUUAACCAAUCAGGUGCCACACCCGUCGCAUAAACGGAGACAUCGCUUUGAGCUUUGUGAAAUGGCUUUGCACUGGAAAAGAUAUUUAUGUUAAUUUAGAAAGAGUAUUUAAGUUAUAAAAACUGCCACAAGCAAUUGAACAAUAGACGAAAAGUUUAUGAACUUUAUGCUGUUAAAGCUUAGUACAAAAGAUAUGACAAUCUUAUGCAUGCCUCAACUGUAGAAUCUAAAGAACAUAGCAAUAAAGCAUUCAAAUAAUUUUAAA